AUGCAUGGAGAUGACUACAUCAUGGAAAACCGUGGUAGUGAGCCAAAGGCCUUCACUUGUCCACCAUUGGACGCUGCUUGCCAGAAUGACAAUUGCCCAGCCCCUUCAGUGUCAGCAAGAUCUGCAAUGCUGGUCUAUGUAACAGUAGUAAAUAUGUUUAGAGAAAACACAAUGCUAACAGAAGCCAAUGUGACUUCUGCAAUCCACAGUGCAUUUGAGAAGAAUGACACGAUGGUAAAAAGCUAUUUCAGUCAAGAUUUGUGUGAUUAUUAUGGUUGUGUAAAGAAUGACAUCACGAAGUGCCAAGAUGGUUUACAAUGCCCAUGCAAACCUGGGUUUGAGAAGCAGAACCCACAGGUUCCUUUUUGUGUUGCUGUAACGUGCUCUGAGCCCUGCAAUGCAGAGGAUAAGAAGCAAUGCUUAAAGACGGAUAACGGAGCGAUGGAGUGUGUGUGCAUGCCGGGCUACCAGAAGGCAAACAACAACGGGAAGUGUGAAGAGUGUCCAUUUGGCUACAGCGGGAUGGAUUGCAAAGACCGUGAGUCAAAGAACAAGAAGAAGAAUAUAGAGGAGCAGAGGCUGAUUGAGGAUGACUCUCAUAACCUACGACGGAGGCAAACGGGCUUCUCCAAUUUAGGAGCAGACACUAGCAUCUUCCCCAAAGUCAGAACAGGGGUCCCGAGGCAGACCUCUAAUGCCCAUGCAAACCAGCGAAGCAUGCCUCACCCUGACUACUAG